ACCGACCGAAAUCAGUUCGGUUUGAACAGUUGAGCAGAUCGCAAGUGUUUUCCGAGUCGCUGCACGCGUGUGAAGAGCAUAAAGUCGCGAUUUUUGUUCAAGACUACCCGCGUUCGAGUGUUCGCGCGUACCAAUACAGGCUUAAGCUUUGUAUACGUACCUAGUGGUUCUCCGUAGAGACACGGGUACUCAGCGUGUAAUUAUCGAGCUUUUUGUCGGUGUGUGAGUGUGGGACAAGUGCUGGUACCUGAUUGUGUCAGCUCUCGUUACUUUGUAGAUCGAAAACUAAACACCCGUGAGGUAUAUUGGGAUAUAUUAGCGAGGAAACCGUGGCUAUUCUAGAUGGUUUUGACCUUUACGUGGUACACUGGAUUCAGAUUCUAAGCGUUACAUGAGUGAAUUCCACGAGCUCUGGUGAAAAGUGCAUCCAUAAUAUGUGGAGAACAUCUGUUGCAGCGAAAGUGACUUAUUUGAAUCGCCAUCUUGAGUUUAUGUGUUGAAUUCCGAUUAGAAAAUUAGCCAUAUCUAGAUUGGUCUAGUGUCAGUAGCAAAUUCAGGCCUUGAAUAUCUUGCGUUGAAGUGAGAUAGUAUCGUGAGGCUUGCCAAACGAACAAAGGGAUCCAAAUUCUUUCAAAAGAAACCAUACACCAACAUGUAUCCAUCGAAAGGAGGAGCGUCGCCAGCUGGAGGAUUCACGCACCCUCCCGUUUCAGAAGGACAGAACAUCAAGCAGGACAAAUAUUCCACCGACAGCGGAGCGAUAGAUUCGGGCUUCCAUUCGGGUCAGAACUUCAGUUCGGACAAUCUGUUCAGCUCGUCUUCGUCAGUGCCAGCCCAGGGGGAAGCUCCGGUGGACCAGCACCAGUACCACCAGUCCGGGAACCAGAAGCAGCCCCAGGAGGAAGAUUCCCGCACCUUCGAUUCGGGUGUGGUUCUCGACUCUAGCCAGCAUUCUUGUUCGGCGGUGAUCCCCAACAGCAACAACGAUCAGAUGAGGGUCCUGUGCAAAGACUUUAGCUAUAUGCAGCUGAAGCCCAUGGACCCACAGGCGCAACGUUACCUGACGUUGGAAAAAUGCUUCCAACAGAACGAGUUCGGUGAUACUGUCCUGCAUCUGGCCAUUCUGCGGCAGCCCAAUCCGGCCGUCACCAACACGGUGUAUACCGUGAUCAAAGCCGUUGCUCCAUAUCCCGGCGUGCUGGACGCCCAGAAUGACGAAGGCCGAACACCGCUGCACUUUGCAGUGCAGACUUCGCAGCGCAAAGUCGUGAAGGCGCUGGUUGGCAGUGGAGCCAGUGUCGGAGUCCGGGACAUCGAUGGAAACACCCCGCUCCAUUUGGCGUGCAUCCUGGGCUACCUUGACUGCGCCGAGGAUCUGCUGAUUCCGCCCCGCCAAGAUCUGGAACAGUGGAACUACAAUGGAAAACGAUGUGUUCACAUUGCCACCGAAAAGGCUGACGUCGACAUGCUUCGGCUUUUGGUCGCCAACGGAGCCGAUAUUAACUCUCGGGAAGGCACCGCGGGCCAGACUGCGCUCCACAUUGCCAUUGAGUAUGGAUACAAGGACGUGGUCGAAUUCCUGCUCACCGAGUGUCCCAAACUGCGGCUCGAGACAACGACAUACGCCGGCCUGACCGCCUACCAGCACGCCGCCCUCCGGAGCGACCAGACCCUGCUGCAGAGACUGAAAAGUCGCGGUGCGGAACCGCUUACGCCCCCACAGAGCGACUACGAGGAAGAGGACAGCGAGGAAGACGAACAGAUGCCAUCGUAUUACGGAUCCAAUGCAUUUGGUUCCAAUUUUGUGGGACUUUCCACCAUCAACGUCGCGUGAGACGUGCUUUCUUAAUCGUCCCAACAAUUGAAAACGAAAAACAACAAAUAUACCGAACAAACCCUGAAGCACCUUCACAGGAAGCCUUUCCAGCUAUACGACAACAACGCGAUUGCGGAUAUCAGCAUUUCGGCGUGACACGUUUCCCUUCCUCCAGUCAGUGGUGGUGGGUGUUGAAACGUGGCAAAACUAGUGCCAUUUGUACGGAUAUCGACGCUCACAAAAUCCAAACCCCCCUUUAUUAGUGUUUAAAUGUGAUUGUGCCUUAUUUGCCUAAAUCCUUCCCGAAUUAUGGACCCAGACAGUGCGCAUCGUUGCGAGUGCUACGCAUACCAAACGCUAUCAGCAGUUGUUUUUUGCUGAAUCACGCUGUUGGCAAGAAUUUGCUAGUUCUCAGCAGGAACAACAAUUUUAGUGAGUAACUUCCUGAUAAGACGCGGAACGACAUCGAACGAUUUGCAUUUCUGGGUCGUCUUUGAGCCUAGAAAAAAAAAACAUCUCGUGCUUUCUACUUUUCCCCACUAUCAAUAAACAAAAUCAGAACUUCUUGCGUAGCUUAAUUUCGAAUGAGAGUUUACAUCGGAAUCAAUUGGCAUCCAUGUAGGAAGUAGAUCAUUGUCUCGUACAACCUGUAUCUUACUUGAAUCGGACCAAUAUAAUCGGAUUAUAACGAAACACUCUUUGUAGCAAAAAUGAGAAAAUAAAUAUACGUUUAUAGCAAGUAGUAGUUGUAGUUGUAUGUUACAAAUUUUAUGAAAUCUUUUUGUUUCCUAUAUGUUAUAAAAAAGUCGUAUUUAUACAAAAAAAAAAACAAAAACAAAA